GCUUGGCUUCCUUGGUGGAGACAGACCGCCAUUAGUGGAGGGAGUGUUCGGGUGUCUUUAAUUUAAGGGUAAUACCUCCUGUGUGGGCCGUUCCCCCGUGGUGUCCGUGGGCCUGAGGAUGCCGGGGCGUGCUAGGUGUGAUUAGCAGAGCCAGACAUGCCCCGCAGCGCCUUAAAUCAGGACUAAACAGCGCAACUCACAGGCUGCGAUCAAGAUGGCACAGUCAGUGAAUUGUUCUCUGGAUGACAUCGACCUGGGUGCCCUGAAUGAUCCAGCUGGCAUAUUUGAUUUAAUUGAAGUGGUUGGAAAUGGAACCUACGGCCAAGUUUACAAGGGGCGCCACACCAAAACAGGGCAGUUGGCGGCUAUUAAGGUUAUGGACGUGACUGAGGAUGAAGAGGAAGAGAUCAAACUUGAAAUCAAUGUAUUAAAAAAGUUCUCCCACCACCGUAACAUAGCAACAUACUAUGGGGCAUUCAUCAAGCAGAUGCCAUCGGGGAAGGACGACCAGCUUUGGCUUGUCAUGGAGUACUGUGGGGCCGGCAGUGUCACGGACCUGGUCAAAUCUACAAAAGGACAGAGCCUGAAGGAGGAAUGGAUAGCUUACAUAUCAAGGGAGAUUCUUCGGGGACUAUCCCACCUCCACUCCAACAAGGUGAUCCACAGGGACAUCAAGGGACAGAAUGUGCUACUCACAGACAACGCCGAGGUCAAGCUAGUUGACUUCGGCGUGAGUGCACAGCUAGACAGAACCAUAGGAAGGAGGAACACCUUCAUCGGCACCCCUUACUGGAUGGCGCCGGAGGUUAUAGCUUGCGACGAGAACCCUGAGGCAACGUACGACAACAGGAGUGAUUUGUGGAGCCUUGGAAUCACUGCGCUGGAGAUGGCAGAGUCGCAGCCGCCCCUCUGCGACAUGCACCCCAUGCGCGCCCUUUUCCUCAUCCCCCGCAACCCUCCGCCUCGCUUCAAGAACGCCAAGAAGUGGAGCAGGAAAUUCCAUUCCUUCAUCGACAGUGUGCUUGUUAAGGAUUACCACCAGAGGACCUACACAGGACCAACUCCUCAAACACCCCGUUCAUCCGAGACCAGCCCCACAGAGAUGCAGGUCAGGAUUCAGCUCAAAGAUCACAUAGAUCGGUGCAAAAAACACAAAUUGAAAGCUGAUAGGCAAGAGACCUUUAACUAAAGUGGGUCCGAUAACGAGGAGGAGGAGACGGCACAAGCUGGCGAACCAUCCUCUAUCAUUCAGGCUCCUGCUGGUGACACCCUCAGGCGAAACUUUAUGCAAAUACAGAGAGGCAGAACCAACUCUCAAAUCCGCAGGAACAUCAACGAAACGGGGGCAAGAAAAGAGAAGGAGGAGAUUCCCGAACCAGGCCCUCCUUCCAGGCCGCCCCUCCCUCCUCGACUACUGGGCCAGGAGCAACCCCCGCCCCAGCGCCCCCUCCCGCCGCCACCCCAAGUCCGUGAUCACCACCAGGCCACCCCUCUCAAGCCUGUUACUCCCCCCCAGCUUCACUCCAGGUACAAGGGAAAAGGCCAGCGCAGCCUAAAAGAUGAAAGAGAACCUCGGGAAACUAGGAACACACAGAUGAACAAGCCACAACAACCCUCACAAGCCCAAGCCAGAAAGCCAGAGGACUUGGACAUGCUCGCUCAACACUUGAAUGAGCUCGGAGCCGUGACUGGCGACCGUGACCGAGCAGAGCGGGGACCGUGCCGAGGAGUGAGAGAGAGCGAGCCGAGAGGGACCGCGAGAGGGGAACGUGAGAGAGCGGAGAGGGAGAGAGAGCGAGAGCGCGAGAGGGCGGAACGCGAACGGGAGUGGGAGAGAGAACGAGAGAGGGAGAGAGAACGAGAGAGGGAGAGGGAGAGAGAGAAGAGGGAGCAGGAUAAGAGCAGGCAAAAUGGAGGGGGAGGAACCAAGCAUGAAUCACCAGCCACACAGCCACCACUCAUUGAAGAGGACUCCAGCGACGACGACCCUGACGAGAGGGUGAGGAACGAUGGCACCCUGCUGGCCUCCGACCCCCCCAAGCCUCUACCUAUAGAGGGAGCCCUGCCACACAUCACUUUGCAAGGCCCCCCUCCCAACAGACCUCUACCCCCCACGCCGGAUGAUGGUGACUCAACCGGGGGCACUUUGAUCAUGAGGAGGUGUGGUGGUGAGGACAGUCCUGCCGCCCCCCAGGACGGCCCCGACACCCCCCCCACCACCACCACCACCGUCACCACCCCCAGCACCACCACCACCACGACCACCACCUCUGUCACCACCACCACCACACACACUAGCAGUAGUAGUGGUGGUGGUGGGGGACGGGGUGGCAAGGGCGGGCUGCCCCAGCGGCGUGCCAGCCGUGACCUGGGCAGCAGCAGCAGCAGCAGUGGUGGUGGCGGGAGCAGUGGUGCGGUGCGUGGUGCGCCGCGGCCGCUGGUGCACCAGGCCAGCGCAGGUGACCUGGAGGUGUUGAGUCACCGCCACCGCCGCAAUGAC